GGCUCGAGGUUUCAAGGAAGAAAGGACGACACUAAGGUGUAGCGUACAAUCUGCGUGUAUUUUUAGGGUUGAGCCUUGUACUCACGAGAGAGCCUCCAUUACAGCCUUCGUAGUCCCACAAGCCACCGUCUCUACGCCUAUUCCUCUGCGACGCCUAUUCAUCUGCAACGCAUAUUUCUCCGCGACGCGUAUUUCUUUGCUCCGCAUAUUUCUGCCACCUCAGCGUGCAUCCGCCAUGCCGGUGCAGCAGAAGCGGCAGUUCCGGAAGCGGAAAGCGCUGGAGGAGGAGGAGGGGGACGGCGGAGGGGAGCCCGAGGAACAGAAGGACCAGCAGCAGCAGCAGCAGCAGCAGCAGCAGCAGCAGCAGCAGCAGCAGCAGCAGCAGCAGCAGCAGCAGCAGCAGCAGCAGCAGCAGCAGCAGGAGCAGCAGCAACAGCAGCAGCAGCAGCGCGUUUGGGAUAGCCAGGAGGUGCGCCUACUGCAGCAGCAGCGCGUGCGCCUCAAGGGAAUCGCUGCAGAUGGCGCCCUGACAGGCGCGGAGGGGGCAGAGGGGAAGGGGGUAGGAGCGGGGGUGCAGGGGGAGGCGGGGGAAGAGGGCGAGGGGGGGGAGGAGCUGGUGCUACAGGACACAUUUGCGCAGGAGACGGCGAUUACUGUAGAAGACCCGAACAUGCUCAAGUAUAUCGAGGAGGAGCUCGCGAAGAGACGAGGAGGGGGAGCGGGGCCAGAGGGGGGUGGGAGGAGAGAGGGUGAAGGAGAGGAGGAUGGGCUGCGGGCGGAAGACAAGCUGUACGAGAUUCCACAGCACUUGCAGGUGGGGAAAUUAGAGGGUGAGGAGGGCGGGACAGCGUGGACCACAGGCAUUGCAGAGGUGCAGCUCCCCAUCGACUAUAAGCUGAGCAACAUCGAGGCAACGGAGGAGGCUAAGCGCAUGCUGCAGGAGAGGAGGCCCUUUAUGGCACGCCCACGCCCUCCCUCCACCACGCUGCCUGCCAGCUACAGUGCAGACUUCUUUCAGCGCGGCCGCGAAUACGCGGAGAAGCUUAAAAGGGACAACCCCGACAUGUUCCGGGACUCCAGAGGGGGAGGCCGUGGUGGCAGGGGAGGGGGAGGGGGGAGAGGAGGGGGAGGGGGGUACGGUGGGGGGGAUAAUUACCAGCAGGGGGAUGGGGCUGGGGGUGGAGGGGGAUAUGGAGGUGGGGGUGGGUAUGGGGGUGGUGGUGGGUAUGGGGGUGGGGGGAGAGGAGGGGGGGAGAGGCGGCAGGCAGCAACGGAUGAUCUUAUUCUGGAGAGGUUCAGGAAGCGGGAGAGAAACCGAGUCAUGCGGCGGUAGCCUGCCGUUACUGCUGCUGCUGUUGUUUACUGCUGAGAAGGCGGGGUGGGGAGAGGCGACAGGCAGCAAUGGAUGAUCUCAUUCUGGAGAGAUCCAAGAAGUGGGAGAGGGACCAAGUCAUGCCCUCAUAACAGCUUUUGCCUGCACAUCUCGUCCUGCUGUUACCAGUGCUGUUGCUGCUGCUGUUGCUACUGCUGCUGCUUGUAAGGAAAUACGAUUCCUUACUGGGGCUCACUUCAGCGAGUACACGCAAACCCUUCGGGUCCGCAGGCUCGGCCCCCGGUUCUCGCGCCAAACCAACCCCCGCCGAUCUAUUCGGCCCCCAACCUCAUCCUGAGUCGCCCGGAACCCAUUUCGCCCCCGUCGCCCUCAGGACUCGAGCCCUUGAUUGGUCCAACCCUCGACAUUCAACCCUGCUCAAUUGCCCUACAUAUUCCCUAAGCCCUCAUUUGUAUCGUCAUUCUGUAAUCACGUUCCCCUUAUUGAAUACUGCGCUAUUCUCUUGAGUUAUAAUUCAUAACAGCUAGUAUCACAGCUACGUUCUUGUCCAUUAGGUUUUGUUGGGCUGAGAAAAAGCCCUUAGGAUCUUUUCAGAGACUAAGUCCCGGUUGUAGAGUGAGACUUGAGU